UCGUGGGCGUUCGGGUCGCAUGUAGACAGGUCGUCGGGGAUUUGAUAGCGGAGAGUCGAGUUGUGUGAAAAAAAGGAGGGUGGUUGUGUGAAAAUGACUGUGUAGAACUCCUCCAGUGAUUGCCCAGAGUGAGUGCACUGGAUGUGACAAAGUAUGCUAAAAGUGCACUAAAAUUGGAGAGGAGGAACCGUUUGAUACUCGUAUUUGGCUACGAGAGGCAGCAGGACGCGCUGGAGGCAGAAUGGAUGUGGUGGCCAAGAUGUUCAAUGAUCUCGAGUCGAGUGAUCUGAAGGAGGUGGAGGAGAACAAGACUAAACUCAUCGAGAGCUUCAGCCAGACAAAGGAUCCAUGGCUGGCUCACGGGAUGGUGGAUUACUUCUGCCAAACAAACUCCAUUCGGAUUGUGGAGAUUCUGGUGAAGGUUCAAUCACCUCACGAUCGAUUUAUCUUCGAUCGUAUCGCUGAUCAUAUUCGAGGCUCUGAUAAGUCCAACAGAGUGUCUGCCCUCUCAAUUCUCGGUCUCAUCAUUCCCCGACAUCCGACAUGGCUCUUCCGAGUAACUGCCCAUCCGCUCUGGAAGGAUUUGCUGAAAUUGUUAAAGACGGAGCGGGAAAUUAUUCCGGUGUUCAGUGCCCUACUGUGCGUUAUUACCCUAAUGCCCAUGAUCCCCUACCAGAUGAAAGAGUCCCUGCCUGACCUUUUUGAUGUGUUCAGUCACUUGGCAUCGUGGAGUAGUCAACAUCAGAAUAGGGCACCUGAUGAUCUUCUGGUGCACCUUCAGUUUGGUUUCUAUGACUUUUUUCACAGGCUCUAUGGAAUGUUUCCCUGUAACUUUAUCAGUUUCCUACAGCAUGAGUACAGUGGAAAUAAGGAUAAGUCAGCCAUAUUUACGCACACUAUUAAACCUUUGCUGGAAACAGUUAAGAUGCAUCCGAUGCUCGUGACGGAGAACAGAGAGACUGAAACCAACACCAAACGCUGGAGAACUAUGGAACCCCAUGAUGUUGUUGUGGAGUGUGCCAAGUUGACACUGGAUUCAUUGGGAAAGGUGUCAACUGAAUGUAGUCAUCACCUUCCACCACGUCCAAUUGAGUCAGCUGACCUGAUUUUGCCACCAGAACAGAAGACAGCGGGUUUUGUUCGAGGAAAUUUGUAUGAGAAUGUCUGGACACCGAGUCAGGUGAUCUUGGCUACACCACCAACAAGUGCCACAUCUGUACCACAUACCCCAACUCCUGGACAUUUCUCUAGUGUUCCCAUGGCUACUCCUACAUUGCCCUCCAGUCAGUUGAUGACAGCUGGAGGAGCUUCUCCGCCAGAGGCUGCUGUGGAAGCCACCCCAGAGACUACUCCCAUGAAGGACACCGUCAAAACUAUACAUCAACUGCCCACAAACUCAACGGUAGCUCGUGCUUUCUUGAAUCUUGGAUCGUCUCAGCCGUCGUCACCGAUGAAGAAAGAUGUUUCACCAUUUCGCUUUCCAGAUCCAACUGGGGAUCAUAUGACGGACAGUCCACAACUUGUGACGUCGGCUAAGUUUGUCAAACUCGUUCAGGAUCGCCAUCAGCCUCCGCAUCAUAGUGAUGUGGUCAGGACGGCAUCUUUUGAGUCUCCACAGACAGGAAGUAUACCCGGAAGUCCCCUACCGGACAGUUUAAGAUCUCCAGCUGGACAGUAUGACACCGACGGUCAAGGGAAUGAUCCAGGAAGUGCUGAAGACAAAGAAAACCAGGGGCAAAAUGACGGAACCUUUUCGCAGGACUGCGAAGAUUACGAUGCUGCUGCCGAGGGAAGUCCAUGCAGUGCCGGAGGUCUUCAUAUUCCCAAUUCACGCUCUAUGCUGGACUUUGCCAGGAAAUUCAAUCGUUGGCGCAUGCACAGUCACUGUCUCGGGGAUACCAGUCAGUGUUUCAGUGCAGGAACGAGUCCAGCCGAAGUGGCAGCAUGCGGAAUGGUUGGUGGACGCGUGAUGAAGCGUUCACGCUCCUGGCCAGAUAUCCGUCGAUCGACACCUCCGAAGCCACCGCAACAGAAUGGAGAGGGCAUCUUUGUUAAGGCAGAGCCGCGUCAACAAAAUAUCCGGAAGCCACUGCGUGAACUGGGCAGAAUGGAGAUUGUCGAGAGGAUGGACAGAGAUACUCAAACCAUUGAACAGUGGCCAUUGGCCUAUGAACAUCUCUUUAUCAAUUUGCUAAGUGAAACCAAUAAGGUCAAACAGAAUCAGGAGAAUAGUGUGGAAUCUAAAUCACCGUAUUCAAUGCUAGAUCGAUACAUUGAGCUGUCCAUAAGCAAAAAGCAAGCCAUGGAUACCAGAGAUCAAGUAUCAAUGUAUCGAGACCAGAUACAACUUCUCACACUUCAGUUGCAGUAUGAGCGUCAUCGCAGAGAAGUCCAUGCUGAGCGCAAUCGCCGGCUUCUUGGACGAAAUCGCACGAAUCUGGCACUUGAACUUCAGAAUGAGACCCUAAGGAAGCAGAUGAUGCAACUGGGACAAGACUACAGCAUCCUCCAGACAACACUCAAUAGUUCGCGUCAGCACUUCAAUAAGCGCGAACAGGAACUUCACAAAGACUGCAACACCUGGAAGCUGAAGUACAACAAGGAAGUGGAGGAGACCAAACAACUUCGUCAGCGUAUAGAAUCCCUGGAAAAUCGCCUAGCGGACGAGAUGAAGCAACGGCAGGAGGCCAAUGGGAUGAUAGGAUCAGUACGAGGUGAACUGAUGGAUCUCAAGAAUGAGAUGCAGCAAGUGGAGUAUCAUGCUGAUCUUGGUAGUCACUAUCGCGAUGAGUAUCUGCAUAUGCAGAAGGAGUUGAUGGUGAUGGGAGAGAUUCAGGCCAAGUGUCGGGAUAAAUUGAGCGAAUUGGCCAGCCUGAGGGAACGUGACGAGGAGUUUAAGCAACUCCACAGGACCUAUGAGGCCACAGUGGCAGAACUGAGGGCGGGGUAUGAGCAGAAAUCAUCACAAUUGGAGAGGACAAAGGCUAGACUGGCUGAAUUGGAGGCCAACCUCACGGGGAGAGAUGAAAUAAUGACGGAGCAGAAAAGGCUCCUCAAGACUGUCAAGGAAGAGUUCGAGGAGAGAUUUGAGGCCCAGGAGGAAAAGUAUAAUGCCCUGAAAGCUAUUAUUGCGAGAAUGGAGGAGCAGAUGUUGGAACUCUACAAAAAUCCAGCUAAUUUCAGCAUGAUCGCCCAAUCACCAGAAUCUGACAAAACCGAUAUGGUUGGAUCACUGGAUCAUGCAUCACCGCUGUCCAUUUCCCUGGCCUCGAGUGAUGGUGUCUCAGCCAGUUUGCGAUCAAUGGCAGAGAUUCGGGAUCUGCAGAGUCUGGUACAACCUCAGCAGACCACCAAUAACAAUCCCACGUCCACGACAACUAUCAACAGUCAGACGGAUGAGGGCAAUACAGCAAGUUCCAGCACUUCGUGGCAUCUCAGUAAAUGAAGAUAUUUUCCGGACAAUUCACACUCUGCUUUUUCUUCUUUCUUCACACACAGCCACAGACGAAAAGGAGGAAAAAAAAGUAAUCCUCAAAAGCUGCGGGUGAGAUAUUUGAGAAUUUCAUGAAAGUAUGUUACUUGUGGUAGGAAUUUCUGUGCUUUGAGUGAAUUGUAUGGGAGAGAGAUGAGGGCAAAGUUAAGAAAGAAAAAAAAAAUGAAGAAGAUAUAUCUGCUUAAAUUGUUAGAGAGAUGGAGAAACACACAGUAAACGUUCUAAAUAAUGUGAGAGCAGAACAAAAAAAAGAGACCAAAUUGCUGCAUAUUUUGACGAGAUGAAGGAUUCUUCUGUUCCAAAGCUGCAAGAAAAAAAAACGAAGCAGCAUAAGAAAUCUUUCAUUCAUCUCCAUCAUCGUCAGAGAGAGAGAGAGAGAACUGUUGAGGUAUUGGAGGAACAGCAGUUAACCCUCAAUGCAUUUUAUGCGAUAUUUCGCUUGCAAAAUAACCCAUUUGCUAUCCCCUUUUGGACUUUUUGUCUCUCCAUCUCUCUCUUCACAUCUUUCUUUUGUUCACUUUGGGCUUUUGUAGAAAUAUCAAUGGAAAAUGCUGAGCAAUUUUUAUUUUAUUUCAUCGGCGAUUUUAUCAUUUUCUCUCUGUCGCCCAUUGAGUGUUUGUGGUGUAAUUUAGGCGGAAGAACAAAAAAAAAUAAACAACAAAAUUUAGGAUUGAGUUUAAUGUGCCUUAAAAAAAACGAUAUUGUAAAAUAAUGAAAAAUAUAUAUCUAGGAAACCAACAUUUUUACACAAAAAUUUAACAUUUAUAUAUAUUUUUUUAUGUUUUCUUUUUUAUAAAAGUCGCACAUGAAAUUUAGAAUCAAAAAACAAAAAAAGUAAGAAAAAUCAAACAUUAUUUAUAAAUUGCUCAGCAUUUCUUCGGUAAAUUGGUAAACUUUGAAGAAUUAUUUGGCAUAAAAAUUAAGCAUUUUGUGGAUUUAAUUGAGAGAUGUGAAAAAAGCUAUAUUAUUGUUAUUUCAUGAUUAUUGAAGAGAAGAAAUAUUAAAAAAAAAAGAAGGUGAAAAAUGAAUAAUCCCAUUGAGUAAUUAAAGAUAAAAAAAAGUAUAACAAAAUAAUCA